CUUCGCGCGUGUCCGUCAGUCAGUCGGAGUCGGGCGGCGGCAUCUGAGGCGAAGAGAAAGGAGGCGCGCGGGGCGGUGGCGGAGGGCGAGAAACAAUGAGACGAGUGGUACGACAGAGCAAGUUUCGGCACGUGUUUGGUCAAGCAGUGAAAAACGACCAGUGUUACGAUGACAUUAGAGUUUCUCGGGUGACGUGGGACAGUUCUUUUUGUGCAGUAAAUCCCAACUUUGUUGCAAUAAUAAUAGAGGCUAGCGGUGGUGGUGCAUUCCUGGUUCUGCCUCUACACAAGACAGGUAGAAUUGACAAAUCCUACCCCACAGUUUGUGGCCAUACGGGACCUGUGCUUGACAUAGAUUGGUGUCCUCACAAUGAUCAAGUCAUCGCCAGCGGCUCAGAAGACUGCACUGUCAUGGUCUGGCAGAUCCCAGAGAAUGGGCUUACGCUGUCCCUGACAGAUCCUGUGGUCAUCUUGGAAGGCCAUUCCAAAAGGGUGGGCAUUGUGGCCUGGCACCCCACUGCACACAAUGUGCUGCUAAGUGCAGGCUGUGAUAAUGCUAUCAUCAUCUGGAACGUGGGGACAGGUGAGCCCCUCAUAAAUCUGGACGACAUGCAUCAAGACAUGAUUUACAACGUGAGCUGGAAUCGGAAUGGGAGCCUCAUUUGCACAGCAUCCAAGGACAAGAAGAUCCGAGUGAUUGACCCCAGGAAACAAGAAAUAGUUGCAGAGAAAGAGAAGGCUCAUGAGGGUGCCCGACCCAUGAGAGCCAUCUUCCUCUCAGAUGGGAACGUCUUCACCACGGGCUUCAGCCGGAUGAGCGAAAGGCAGCUUGCGCUCUGGAACCCUAAAAGCAUGGAAGAGCCCAUUGCCCUCCAUGAAAUGGACACCAGCAAUGGGGUGUUGCUACCCUUCUAUGACCCAGACACCAACAUCAUUUACUUGUGUGGAAAGGGUGACAGCAGCAUUCGCUACUUUGAGAUCACAGAUGAGUCGCCCUACGUGCACUACCUCAGCACCUUCAGCAGCAAAGAGCCACAGAGAGGGAUGGGCUUCAUGCCGAAGAGGGGCUUGGAUGUGAACAAGUGCGAGAUAGCAAGGUUCUUCAAACUGCAUGAGCGAAAGUGUGAGCCCAUUAUCAUGACUGUCCCUCGGAAGUCUGACCUUUUCCAGGAUGAUCUCUAUCCUGACACGGCUGGUCCAGAGGCUUCCCUGGAAGCUGAGGAGUGGUUUGAUGGAAAGAAUGCCGACCCCAUCCUUAUCUCAUUGAAGCAUGGAUACAUUCCUGGCAAAAACAGGGAUCUCAAGGUGGUCAAGAAGAACAUACUAGACAACAAGCUGGCAGCAAAUAAGAAAAGCGAUCUCAUCAGUGCCCCCCAAAAAGCAGUGGACACCUCAGACACUCAAAACGAAGCCAAAUUGGAUGAAAUUUUGAAAGAGCUCAAAUCUCUAAAAGGCACCAUCACCCACCAAGAUGAGCGCAUUUCCAAGUUAGAACAGCAGAUGGCAAAGAUUGCAGUCUGAGAGCCCAGCAGCUGGGUGACGGGGAGGGAAGGAAGGAAGGAAGGAAGCUGAACUCAAGCUGUGAGCCGACUGCAGGAUGGGGGCUGUGGGGAGUCACUGCCAUUUGGGAGGACGCUCAUUUUCCAAAGCUGCCCCAGCACAACCACCUUGGGCGCUUUCCAGUCAAGACUUUCUCCUCCCAAAUUCACAAGCGCCAGCUGAAGCCAAUUUGAAGCCAAACCUUUUUAGUGAUUUUUUUUUUUAUUUCCUGAUGUUCUUGGUGACUCUGUGGCCAUUUCAAAACUGCUGCUGUUGUGACCUGUUUCCUCUCAUUGAUCUGAAAGCCAACCAUUCCACCUCUCCAGUGAGGAGCCAAUCUGUCAGGCUUCCUAGGAUUCAGGACCAAAAUUACGUAGUUUUUU